AUGGGCAAACCUAACACUCUCGCCAGUGAUAUCGGCUACGCUGCGGUUCACCUCAAUUUCUUCUCUCAAACCAUGUCGAACUUCUAUCAAGAUACCACUGGUCUCGGAUUGAUCCUGACUCUGAAGAUGAACUUCCAGCGGUAUGCAACCCCGGAUAUGAGGAAAAAGGGAGACAGUGUUGAAUAUUGGGGUUAUCCUGAGCAAUUUACUAAGUUGUCUACUUGGGUGGCGAUAGGGCUGCGCUCUGCGAGCAGCAAGCGGUCUUCGAGAGAAGCCGGUGAAUAUGACCUUGCACCUGCUAGUGCGGCCGCAAGCUAUGUAACCCGUGGGGGAUACGCAAAACCGGGGGUCACUAAGAGGCCUGAUGCAUCAUUCUUUGACAAGCAUGAGGAGGAGCCACCGAGCUCUAUUGGCUUAAAAGCCGCCUAUAGAUCCUUUCGGGAUAGCGGGGUGUCGGGCUUAGGUGAUGUUAAUAUCAAAGAUGAGGGCCCAGAGGCAAGAAUGGCAGCAACGGGUGCCAUGUCUUCAAGCCGAAAACAGGUGGAAUCUAUGGCGAGUCCUCCAGAUGGGGUUUCUGAUUUAACCGAGGCCCUUUCAGCGGCAACGAUAAGCCAUCGCGCCUCCCGACAUGGGAGGCCCACCGCGGAGAAGAAGGUUGAAUUUCAACUAAGUCCCAAAAGGCCCUAUAACCCAGCUAUUACCAAUGCCCGAAGAGAGAUGUAUACCUCACACCCACCGGUGAGUACUACGAUUGAAGAAAGUCGGAAAAGGGAUACCCUACAAGCUGCCGCGGUUUCGAUGGCAAAGCAGAUGUAUGCUAUCAUACCAAAGGAGGACUUAACCAAGGAUAUGGAAACCUCGAGCUUUACUAUGGAAGAGCCAGAGGAACGAGUAUCCCGUCACCAACGUCCUUCAAGUGGAAGAUAUCAGCGGCCCCCUGAAGCUAGCACUAUGUAUGAAAGUAAUCGUCCCCGGUCCCAGCAGUAUUUUACCGCUACCAAGGUUCGGCCAAGCUCUGAAGGCUUCACAGAUCGUGGGAAGUAUGGUGAUGGUUCGAUCAAGCGGGCUCGCACUCAGUCUAGGCGAGACAGGAAUGAGGUAUACUACGAUGAUGAAACCAUGGAUGCUGCGCAGAGGAACGUCAAGAGGAUGAUAGACAAUAUUGAUAAUCACAUCUACAGUUAUCAUAAACGCCCAUCACCGGCGAUUAUGAGAGAGUGGGAGCGUCAUGCUAAUGAGCUUGUGUUGGCAAACCGGGAAUCCACUGCCUUUGUUGAUGUUGGUCCAGAACAAAUGAGAGCCGGCGCACCGCUACUCCCACCGAGAAACGUGGAUGAUAUGGCAAGAGCAAGGGUGCGACCGGCCUUGCACAAUAUUGAUGAUGAAGUGGCAGAACGAAAUUCGAGAAGGAUAACAGAUAAGCUGGACGAGGAACGCUAUCAUCGUUUUAUUAGCACCCAGAUGGAGCGAGACAAGGAAGUCCGCCGGCUUAAUAAAAAGAUAAUAGAUCUCAUGCACCACCCUGAGAAGGAAAGGCGAUGGAUGCAGAAGAAGAGGUCAUACGACAGAUAUGAGUCAGACGAAGAACCAGUGUCAACAUGGCCAUACCCUCCCAAGCGAGUGCGCAGUGAGGAAGGAAAGGGUGAAACCAUACUCCAGGCUCUACAGGAAGGUGGAAGAAUCCCAGACCGUCCUCCACGCCCAUACUCCUCUCCAGAAAUGGUCGAGAAGCCCUCUGAGCCAGUCACUCUCCCAACAGAGGCAGCUGAAGCUGCCGAGACUACUGAGGCUCCUGAGGCCCCUAAAGUCGCGGAUGGCACCGAGUUAACUCAAGAGGCGCCCACUGCUGAAGAAGCAACUAAUGAAGAGACCGCUCUUACUGAACAGGCUGGGUCCCAGGCGAAACACAUCCGCAGGCAAAAGGCUAUCCACAAGACGUGGUUCACAAAACCACAGGAGGAUGCUGCGGGAGAUGAGCCACCACGCGAAGUAGAGCGAAUUGAAGAGCGGAUAGUGACUGAGAUAGAGAAAGAACGUCCCGCAACUCCUGACCAGUCCAUGGCUCCAAUGGCUUCAGGGGCGAUAAUACCCGACAGUCCACACCACGCGCCAUCGAGCCAUUGGAGUAGCUCAAACGAGGGGUCUAGCCACGGGAGUCCUGGAGGUCAGAGACAGGAGGAUGGAACAAGGCCCAAGAAACGAAUGGCAUUUCCGCAUCUGUUCCAGCGGCCUGCUAGGCGAACCGGAAAUCAGGGCUCGUUCACGGUCAACAGACGCUCUGUGCCAGAAGACCUAGGCUCUCAAACCAGCCCUACUCCAGGAGAGGCAGGAAGCGGAAGCCUGGCCACAGCUGGAUCUAGGCUAUCUAGAUUCCAAGAAAAUCUUUAA